UUGUCGGAAGUAGAGGGCCGCGCGUCGUUCACGUUUAACAUACGUUUAGGGAAUCUGUGAGUGUUUGUCAGAUUGUGUGCGUGUGUGUGAAUCAAUCACACAACCACACCAACAACCCCCAGACGGUGUAUCUACUACAAUAAAAACAACAAAAAAUAAGAGAACAACGACACCGAAGCGACGAAUACAAAUAUAGCAAUCAAGCGAAACCGGUUCCGGUGCUACGCGUUCGUUCGUUUGGUGAAUUGUGUGCGUGUGCGCGACACACAUACAUACAUACACGCACUUAUCUAAAUAAGAAUUGCUAUAAAAGCAAAGAAAAAUUGUGCAAGUGUUGAAAGUGAAAAUCGAAAAUUUGACAAACAAGUGUUAAAUUACGCUUCGCACGCCGUCAUAUUCAGUGCGCAAUAUUGAAACAUAUUGUGGAUUAACAUUUGGAUACGUUAUAAACCACUACUAGGCGAACCAGCAAAAUAAGAAAAACAACAACGACGCACAGCAACAAAAGCAGCAGGAAAAGCCGUAAAAUGUUGCCGCUACCGCGCUUACACGCCAUAAAAUGGCUAACACUACUUGCAGCUAUGGCUGCCUUCUGCACCCCACUCGCUUAUGCGGCGAGUCAACCCGAUGCCGACCAGAAAGGACCCGUUUUCCUCAACGAACCCAUUAAUCGCAUUGACUUCUCCAACUCAACAGGUGCCGAAAUCGAAUGCAAAGCCAGCGGAAAUCCUAUGCCUGAAAUUAUAUGGAUUCGUAGCGAUGGCACUGCUGUUGGUGAUGUACCUGGACUGCGCCAGAUCUCAUCAGAUGGCAAAUUGGUCUUUCCACCAUUCCGUGCCGAAGAUUACCGACAAGAAGUGCACGCUCAAGUUUAUGCUUGUUUGGCACGCAAUCAAUUUGGAACCAUCAUUUCACGCGAUGUGCAUGUGCGAGCAGUCGUUCCACAAUCCUAUACGGUAAAUGUCAUGGACGAGGCUGUUUUGCGCGGCAAUAGCGCCAUACUCAAAUGUCAUAUACCAAGUUUUGUAGCGGAUUUCAUAUCGGUCGCCUCAUGGGUGGAAGAUGAAGAACGCGAAAUAUUCACUACAAACGAUGGCAUCGGACACUUUGAUAGCGAUGGCAAAUAUUUGGUAUUGCCCUCUGGUGAACUGCAUAUUCGCGAAGUUGGACCUGAGGAUGGCUACAAGAGCUAUCAGUGCCGCACCAAGCAUCGUCUGACUGGUGAAACACGUUUGAGCGCAACCAAGGGACGCUUGGUGAUUACAGAGCCUGUUUCUAGUUCGCCGCCUAAAAUCAAUGCGCUGACGUAUAAACCUAAUGUUGUUGAGCUUAAUGCGCAAACUGCAGUUCUUUGUCCAGCACAAGGUUAUCCAGCGCCAAAUUUUAGAUGGUAUAAAUUCAUCGAAGGCACCACACGCAAGCAAGCGGUUAUCCUAAAUGAACGCGUAAAGCAAGUUUCCGGCACUCUUAUCAUCAAAGAUGCUGUCGUCGAGGAUUCGGGCAAAUAUUUAUGUGUGGUUAAUAACUCCGUCGGUGGUGAAAGCGUUGAAACUGUGCUCACCGUGACCGCACCACUUUCCGCAAAAAUCGAUCCACCCACACAAACUGUCGACUUUGGACGUCCUGCUGUCUUCACGUGCCAGUACAGCGGCAACCCUAUUAAGACCAUUAGCUGGAUAAAAGACGGCAAAUCAAUUGGCCACAGCGAUCAGGUCUUACGCAUCGAAUCCGUGAAGAAGGAAGACAAGGGCAUGUAUCAGUGUUUCGUGCGCAACGAUCAGGAAUCAGCAGAAGCAAGCGCUGAACUCAAACUCGGCGGCCGUUUCGACCCACCCGUUAUACGACAGGCAUUCCAAGAGGAAACAAUGGAACCUGGUCCAAGUGUAUUCCUAAAGUGUGUGGCUGGCGGCAAUCCAACACCUGAAAUUUCCUGGGAACUGGAUGGCAAGAAAAUUGCAAAUAUUGAUCGGUAUCAAGUGGGCCAAUAUGUGACUGUGAACGGCGAUGUUGUUUCGUAUUUGAAUAUUACAUCAGUGCAUGCGAACGAUGGCGGUCUCUACAAGUGUAUUGCAAAGAGCAAAGUAGGCGUGGCCGAACACUCGGCGAAAUUGAAUGUCUAUGGACUGCCCUAUAUACGACAAAUGGAAAAGAAAGCUAUUGUCGCCGGCGAGACGCUGAUUGUAACCUGUCCAGUUGCGGGCUAUCCAAUCGACUCCAUCGUUUGGGAACGUGACAAUCGCGCUUUACCCAUCAAUCGCAAACAAAAGGUCUUCCCAAACGGCACUUUGAUCAUCGAGAAUGUGGAACGUAACUCUGAUCAAGCUACAUACACUUGCGUCGCUAAGAAUGUGGAAGGUUAUUCGGCGCGCGGCUCACUAGAAGUACAAGUUAUGGUACCACCACAAAUUGCGCCUUUCGAUUUCGGCUCAGAAGCGAUCAACAUGAACGACAUGGUCUCGGCUACAUGCACUGUCAAUAAAGGCGAUACACCGAUCGAUUUGUAUUGGACUACGGCACCGGAUCCCAAACUUGGCGGCUUGGGCAAAUUAAUGACCAACGAUGGCAUAUUGAUAACGAAAACCACACAGCGGAUCAGUAUGUUGAGCAUCGAGUCGGUGCAUGCGCGUCAUCGUGCGAAUUAUACCUGUGUAGCGCGUAAUGCAGCGGGCGUGGCCUAUCACACUGCUGAGCUGAGUGUUAAUGUACCACCCAGAUGGAUACUCGAACCCACCGACAAGGCUUUCGCACAAGGUUCUGAUGCUAAGGUCGAAUGCAAAGCUGAUGGCUUCCCCAAACCCCAGGUCACUUGGAAGAAAGCUGUUGGCGACAGUCCCGGCGAAUAUAAGGAUCUGAAGAAGAACGAUAAUAUUCGUGUUGAAGAAGGCACACUGCAUAUCGACAAUAUCCAAAAGACAAACGAAGGUUACUAUCUCUGUGAGGCUAUUAAUGGCAUCGGUUCUGGUCUUUCUGCUGUUAUAAUGAUCAGUGUUCAAGCACCACCAGAAUUUACCGAGAAACUGCGCAAUCAGACUGCACGUCGUGGCGAACCCGCUGUCUUGCAAUGCGAAGCGAAGGGCGAAAAACCCAUUGGCAUUCUCUGGAAUAUGAAUAAUGUACGCUUGGAUCCCAAGAAUGACAACCGCUACACCAUACGCGAGGAAAUCCUCUCCACCGGCGUUAUGUCUAGCCUCUCAAUUAAACGCACUGAACGCUCUGACUCGGCACUCUUCACUUGCUUGGCCACCAAUGCUUUUGGCUCGGACGAUGCUAGCAUUAAUAUGAUUAUACAGGAAGUGCCAGAGAUGCCUUAUGCUUUGAAAGUUUUAGACAAAUCUGGCCGUUCUGUGCAGCUGAGCUGGGCACAACCCUACGAUGGCAAUUCACCACUGAUCCGGUACAUUAUUGAAUUCAAACGCUCGCGUGCAUCCUGGGAUGAAGUGGACCGUGUUAUGGUGCCUGGUCAUACUACCGAAGCGCAAGUGCAGAAAUUGAGCCCCGCCACCACCUACAACAUACGCAUUGUCGCCGAGAAUGCGAUUGGUACCUCGCAAUCGUCGGAAGCUGUUACAAUCAUUACCGCCGAAGAAGCACCCUCUGGCAAGCCACAGAAUAUCAAAGUUGAACCCGUCAACCAGACUACACUGCGCGUCACCUGGAAACCACCAGCACGCUCUGAAUGGAAUGGUGAAAUUUUGGGUUACUAUGUUGGCUAUAAACUAUCGAAUACCAAUUCUUCAUAUGUUUUUGAGACUGUUAACUUUUUGACUGAAGAAGGCAAGGAACAUAGCUUGGAAUUGAAUAACUUGCGCGUUUACACUCAAUACUCGGUGGUGAUCCAGGCAUUCAACAAGAUUGGCGCCGGUCCAUUGAGCGAUGAGGAGAAACAAUUCACUGCCGAGGGCACACCUAGUCAACCACCAAGCGACACUGCCUGCACCACAUUGACCUCGCAAACCAUUCGCGUCAGCUGGGUGAGUCCACCACUGGAAUCGGCUAAUGGCGUAAUUAAGACUUACAAGGUGGUGUAUGCGCCCAGCGAUGAAUGGUAUGAUGACACCAAACGUCACUACAAGAAGACUGCCUCCUCAGAUACCGUUUUACAUGGACUUAAGAAAUUCACCAACUACACCAUGCAAGUGCUCGCUACCACCGCUGGCGGCGAUGGCGUACGCAGCGCACCCAUACACUGUCAAACUGAACCUGAUGUCCCCGAAGCACCCACCGAUGUUAAGGCCUUAGUCAAGGGUCAAGCUGCUAUAUUGGUUUCAUGGCGCCCACCAGCGCAACCCAAUGGCAUCAUACAACAGUAUACUGUAUACUCAAAAGUCGAAGGUGCAGAAGGUGAACCCAAGAGCCAAAAGAUACCACACUAUCAAAUGAGUUAUGAAGCGACUGAAUUGGAAAAGAAUAAGCCAUAUGAAUUCUGGGUCACCGCUAGCACUAAUAUCGGCGAGGGUCAACCUUCAAAGAGUAUUGUAGCCAUGCCCAGUGAUCAAGUACCCGCUAAGAUUGCUUCAUUCGAUGACACAUUCACUGCCACUUUCAAGGAAGAUGCAAAAAUGCCCUGCUUGGCUGUAGGUGCGCCACAACCUGAGAUUACCUGGAAGAUUAAGGGCGUUGAAUUCACCGGCAAUGAUCGUAUGCGCGUUCUGCCCGAUGGCUCACUAUUGAUAAAGUCAGUUAAUCGUCAAGAUGCUGGUGAAUAUUCAUGCCAUGCGGAAAAUUCGAUUGCAAAGGAUUCAAUUACACACAAAUUGAUUGUAUUGGCACCACCACAAUCGCCACAAGUUUCGCUAUCGGCCACAACCACCGAUUCAUUGACUGUGAAAUUGAAGCCACACGAGGGAGAUACCGCACCAUUGCAUGGUUACACACUGCACUAUAAGCCAGAAUUUGGAGAAUGGGAAACUGCCGAGGUGUCUGUGGAUGCACAAAAAUACACUAUCGAAAAUCUGCUCUGCGGCUCACGCUAUCAAGUCUAUGCUACCGGUUUCAACAACAUCGGCGCUGGCGAAGCUUCAGACAUACUGAAUACCCGCACCAAAGGCUACAAACCCAAACUGCCAGAGAAGCAACGCUUCAUUGAGGUUUCCUCCAACUCGGUUUCACUGCAUUUCAAGGCCUGGAAAGAUGGCGGCUGCCCUAUGUCACACUUUGUUGUUGAGAACAAGAAGCGCGAUCAAACUGAAUGGAAUCAAAUUUCGAACAAUGUUAAGCCCGAUAAUAACUAUGUUGUUUUGGAUUUGGAACCCGCCACCUGGUAUAACCUACGUAUUACCGCUCAUAAUUCUGCCGGUUUUACUGUUGCCGAAUAUGAUUUUGCCACAUUGACUGUGACUGGAGGCACCGUUGCACCACUCGACGAUGGUCACGGUACAGGCAAUUUGAACACACGCAUACGCUUGCCCGCUUGGAUGCCCGAAUGGCUUGAUUUGAAUUUCAUGGUGCCUCUAAUAGCCACUGUCAUUGUGGUAGCGGUGGGUAUACUUGUUGUGUGUGUAGCGCUUUCCAGACGCCGUGCGGACGACUUGCGAGGCGGACAAAAGGAUGUGUACUACGAUGUAGUUUACAAUCAGACCAUGGGACCUGGCGCCACCUUGGAUAAACGACGACCCGAUUUACGCGACGAACUCGGCUAUAUUGCACCACCCAAUCGCAAGCUGCCACCAGUGCCCGGCUCGAAUUACAACACCUGCGACCGGAUUAAGCGAGGUACAGUGAUAACACGUGGCAUACGCUCGAAUCACUCCACCUGGGAUCCACGCCGUACAAACUUGUACGAGGAAUUGAAGACGCCACCAGUGCCAUUGCACGGUAAUCAUUAUGGUCCCGAGGAUGUACAAUGCCAUUAUAGACAUCCAGGCAUGGAAGACGAAAUCUGUCCCUAUGCAACCUUCCACUUGCUCGGCUUCCGCGAAGAAAUGGAUCCCACCAAAGCAAUGAACUUCCAAACCUUCCCACAUCAAAAUGGACAUGCACCCGGACCCGGACAUGCUGGCACCAUGGGACCACCCGGUCAUCCCGGACAUGUACACUCACGCUCCGGCUCACAGUCAAUGCCACGCGCCAAUCGCUAUGCACGCAAGAAUAGCCAAGGUGGACAAUCGUCGAUUUACACACCAGCUCCGGAAUAUGAUGACCCAGCCAAUUGCGCUGAGGAGGAUCAAUAUCGCCGUUACACACGCGUCAACUCGCAGGGCGGCAGCCUGUACUCAGGUCCCGGCCCUGAAUAUGAUGAUCCUGCCAAUUGCGCACCCGAAGAGGAUCAAUAUGGCUCACAGUAUGGCGGUCCAUAUGGCACACCAUACGAUCAUUAUGGCUCACGUGGCUCGAUGGGACGUCGCAGUGUUGGUUCGGCACGUAAUCCAGGCAAUGGUUCGCCAGAGCCUCCACCACCACCACCACGCAACCACGAUAUGAGCAAUUCAUCGUUCAAUGACUCCAAGGAGAGCAAUGAGAUCUCAGAAGCUGAAUGUGAUCGUGAUCAUGGACCACGCGGCAAUUAUGGCGCUGUCAAAAGAUCCCCACUACAAAAGGAUCAGCGUACAACUGAAGAAAUGCGCAAACUGAUUGAAAGUCGACGGCCAUUAAACGAAGCCGGUCCAAAACAACUCCAACAACAAAGUGGCGCAGGAUUCACAGCCUACGAUACUAUGGCAGUGUAAUUUGUAAACCGUUAGCUGUAGUACCAACGAUAACCACAAACACAAUUUACUAGCACAACAACAACUAGCAGAAAAAUGUAAAACCUCCCAGCUCCACUAGUCACAGCAGCAGCAGCAGCAGCAGCGAAAACCAAAACAAACCAAAUUUUUUCUUUCAGUGGAUUAGUUUGGUGAAAUACAUAGAGCAGAAAUUAGUUGAGUAUUAUGUAGCGUGUGAGAGAUAUUGCUGAGGGGGAGCGAAGAAUGGAGAGCGGGGUUUGACAAAUGUAUGUACAUACUCUCCAGCUCUACUCAAAAUAGUUAGGCAGCGCAUGGGAGAAAGAGAGCGAGUAAUAUAAGUGAGUUACGGAGAGAGGAAAUGUGUGAGCGGGAAAUUGAAACAAAAGAGAUGACGGGCGUAAUUUGUGCGAAAGAGAUAAGUACCAUAUAUAUAUAUGUUAUUUGGACAUACAUAUAUACAUAAAAGAACAUCACAUUAAGUGUAAAAGAAAAAAAAACUAAGUGCGUGUAUACAAACACUCUCGCUCUUUUUUCUAUAAAAACUAAAUACGUAACGAAGAAAAUAUAAUGAAAAAGAUGCAAAAAAGAAGAAAGUAAAAUCAUAGAAAAGUUGCUGAGGAGCUGAAUGACGAAGUUCUAAGAAAAAUAUUGCAUAACUACAUAAACAUAUAUGAAACGCAUUUAUAUUAUACAAUA